AUGUCACGCCAUACGCGCUAUGAACGAAAAAGAAAGUGUGCAAAGUGUAACAUCACUGCCACAGAAGAUGGAAACUUGAGUUUCCACAGAUUUCCUCUACCUGGUAGACAUACAUUUUUAAAGGCACGUGUAUGGGCUGAAUACUGUUACCCUACUGGAGAGUGGUCAACUGAGAAAUCACUAAGAGACUUGCACUGGCAACACAAAAUGUUAUGCAGUAAGCACUUUGAUGACUCCUCAUUCACUAACAGUGCGAGGAUAAGAUUACAUAAUUUUGCCAUCCCUAUUGGGACACAGGAUUUAAUGGUAAAGAUUCGCCAGGAACAAUGUACCACUGCAAGUGAAAGUAAACAAGAUACAAGUAUUUCAGUUGAAAAACCUCAAAUGCUAGAAUUGGAACCUUCGUUACCUGUUCAGGUGCCAACCAUAGCCAACCCAACUACAUCUUUACCUGUUCAGAUGCCAACCAUAUGUGAACCAACUACUGAUAGCUUGAAGAAAAUGAAUUUCAACAAACACGGAAGUGAUGCAGUACAUUGGUAUAUGCACGACUUGGCAUGCCGUGUGGUCGCUAAGUCGGGUAUUGCUACAGACAAUUAUCACGCGGGGAAACUAAUCCUGCAGAGUUUAAAAGAAGCACCUAAUCUUAUUUUGCAGAUUGACGGCGCUACUGGAGAAUCUGAAACAUUUCAAUGCGCUUUGGAGAGAUCAGUCCGGUGUGCGACUGCCUUUCGAAACAUAGGAUUAAAACCGAAUGAUGUUAUAAUUAUUAUGGCUCCUCUUAACAUUAAUCUGACUACUUCCAUGUAUGCUGCUUUCUAUAUGGGGAUAGGUGUAGCUGGUGUGGACCAUUUGCUUGGUGUCAAGGAAUUAAAAGAUACAAUCCAAAUUUGUUUGCCAAAAAUGAUAUUUUGCCAAAGUGAAAAAGUGGCUGUCGUCGGGGAAGCUUUGAAACAUCAAAAAUUGGACGUGACAGUCGUUACAUACGACAAAGGGGACACUCAUUGCAGUUUUUCUGAGUUCCUGCAAAAAUAUGGGGAUAAUACACCAGUAGAUGAUUUCCAGCCUGCCAACAUAGACCCGGAAGAGGCAAUUAGCGUACUACUAGCAACGAGUGGCACCACUGGAAUGCCGAAAUAUGCAGCCAUCACUCACAAAAACCUAGUGCUUGCGUCGCCUUACCCUUGGAUAAGGUUCCGCGAAUUUCCUACACCUAUUAGAAUGGCUUUGGUCGUAUCUCCCGUGCAGUGGGUGUCGACGAUAAAUACUUUAGUUAUGUCUCCAAUACUAAAAUUUUCACGUGUGCAAACUUCACUUCCAGUCACAACGGAGCAUAGCCAUUACCUCAUUAAUAAAUACAAGCCUGAGUUUGUGGUAAUCAGUCCCUCGAUGAUGACCAGCCUAGUAAAGCCGGGUCAACGUGAAAAGUGUGACUUCACAUGCUUUAGACUGUUCAUAAUAGGGGGCAGUGCUGUACCGCAAAAAUUAAUUGAUGAUGUAAAAACAGUAGCGCCAUUUGCAGAUGUUUGCACAGGAUACGGAAUGAGCGAAUUAGGAACAAUUGCUUUAGACCCAGUCAGCUUUAUUCCAGGAUGCACUGGACGGCCAUUAGGGCACUCAGAUUACCGCUUAGUGGAUCCUGGAACGGGAAAAGACGUUUUGGAACCACACAAAACAGGCGAACUUUGGUUUAAAGGACCGAUAACCUUUAAGGGUUAUUAUAAUAAUCCUGAAAUGACAGCUGAGAUAUACACCGAAGAUAAAUGGUUGAAGUCAGGUGAUCUUUUCUACAGGGACGAGAACUGGAACUUUUUCUUUGCCGAUCGCAUGAAACUGCUUCUUAAAUAUAAAAAUCACCAGAUAUCACCUACAGAAAUCGAAGAGGUUAUACGGACACACCCUGGCGUUUACGACGUUGCUGUGACCGGCAUACCGGAUGACGAGUGUAGUGAACUGCCAGUAGCGUGUGUCGUGCCACAAGAAAAUCAUACUCUGACUGCUCAAGAGAUUAAGGAUUUAGUUAAAAGUUCUCUUACCGAUUCAAAGCAACUAAGAGGAGGAGUUAUCUUCAUGAAGGAACUUCCUUUAACAUCAGCUUCAAAACCCAAUCGAACUGCACUAAAAAGCAUGGUUAAAAACAUGAAAAGAGAAUAG